UAAUGCUGUACUAUUUUUGGUAACAAGGAAGGGCCUCCCUAUGAAAACAGAAAGCAGUGUAUUUUCUCAGUUACAUCAACUUGCAGUCUAAUGCUGUGUUGUACUCACUGUUUUUGUGGUGAUGCAAGUCUUUUUUUUUCCCCUCCCUACAGCUGGUUGGAUUUUCCCCAUCUUACAGCACCUCGCAGGUCCCUUCUCUGAGCAGUACGUUGCCUGAGUGAGUAGAAACACAGAGAUCAGCUGCAGGUUUUUAUCUUCAAUAACAGAUACAGAGGGAAAGGGAAAAGGGUUGGAAAAGGAGAGACAAAUAUUGACUUGGCCUUAUAGAAAGACAUCCAGUGACUGAAUAAAGAAGCCCUGUUCAUGUUUUGGGAUAUUCUUUCAACUGGCUGGAACCAGAGUCGAUCAAAAGAAUGGGAAAUGCCAGCAGACCCUUUAGAAGAAUUGCUUAUUUCCUAUGCCUUUUUUGUAUGCUUUUGCUGACUGAAGGGAAGAAAUCAGUGAAGCCAAAAUGUCCUGCCUGGUGUACUUGUACCAAAGAUAAUGCUUUAUGUGAAAAUGCCAGAUCUAUUCCAACCAGCGUUCCGCCUGAUGUUAUCUCACUAUCCUUUGUGAGAUCUGCUUUUACUAAAAUCCCAGAAGGGAGUUUUUUGCUCACACCGUCUCUGCAGCUUCUGUUAUUUACAUCAAACUCUUUCGAUGUUAUUAGCGAUGAUGCUUUCAUGGGCCUUCCUCAUCUAGAAUAUUUGUUCAUAGAGAACAACAGCAUUAAGUCAAUUUCAAGAAAUACUUUUCGAGGACUGAAAUCUUUAAUUCACCUGAGCCUUGCAAACAAUAAUCUCCAAACACUUCCAAAAGACAUAUUCAAAGGGCUGGAUUCUUUAACAAAUGUGGAUCUUAGAGGUAACAUAUUUAAUUGUGACUGCAAACUGAAAUGGUUAGUGGAAUGGCUGGGCAGCACCAAUGCAACAGUUGAAGACAUUUAUUGCGAAAGUCCACCAGAAUAUAAGAAACGUAAAAUCAAUAGCCUAUCACAAAAGGAAUUUGAUUGUAUUAUUACAGAAUUUGCUGUUUAUGAAUCCCUGCCAUAUCAGUCUCUGUCAGUAGAUACUUUCUCCUACAUGAAUGAUGAGCAUGUAGUUAUUGCCCAACCUUUUACUGGAAAAUGCAUCUUUCUUGAAUGGGACCAUGUAGAAGGGUCUUUCAGGAAUUAUGACAACAUUACAGGUACUUCAACUGUUGUGUGUAAGCCCAUAAUUAUUGAGACUCAGCUGUAUGUCAUUGUUGCCCAGCUCUUUGGAGGCUCCCAUAUUUACAAAAGAGAUAUUUUUGCUAAUAAGUUUAUAAAAAUUCAAGAUAUUGAAAUUCUUAAAAUCCGAAAACCCAAUGACAUUGAAACUUUCAGGAUUGCAGAAGACUGGUAUUUUGUUGUUGCAGACAGCUCAAAAGCUGGCUUUACCACGGUUUACAAAUGGAAUGGAAACGGAUUUUACUCCCAUCAGUCUCUGCAUGCGUGGUACAGAGAUACUGAUGUGGAGUAUCUUGAAAUUGCAGGCAAACCUCAUUUAAUUCUGUCUAGUAGUUCCCAAAGACCUGUAAUAUACCAAUGGAACAAAGGAACAACUGAAUUUGUUAAGCGUAUCGAUAUCCAAGAUAUGGAGGAUGUGUAUGCAGUGAAACACUUCAGAGUGAAAGAGGAUGUGUACAUUUGUUUAACAAGAUUUAUUGGUGAUUCCAAAGUAAUGAAAUGGGGAGGUUCAGCAUUUCUGGAUUUACAAAGAAUGCCAUCCCGAGGGUCAAUGGUAUUCCAGCCUCUUCAGAUAAACAAUUAUCAAUAUGCCAUUCUUGGAAGUGAUUAUUCUUUUACUCAGUAUUAUUGGGAUACUGAAAAAGCAAAAUUUGUGAAGUUUCAAGAAUUAAACAUACAGGCACCAAGAUCUUUCACGCACGUUUCCAUUGAUAAACGCAAUUUUCUCUUUGCUUCAAGUUUUAAGGGAACUACAUUAAUUUAUAAACAUGUCAUAGUUGACUUAAGUGCAUGACACUCAUAAUUCUGAGAUUACAUCAGACUUUCUACCAUAAAGGACAAAAUGAACUAAAUGCAUGAUGACUCUUAUCCUACUUCCAGAUGAAUGCCUUUAAAAGUUGAGAUUGCUAGAACAAAGUAUUACUAGUAUCUUCAUCUUUAAUUGUCAAGUCUAGUGGUGUUGGAAGUUGCAUUUUUUAACAAAAAGAAAUUAAAUUGUUAACUGUUCUUUGCAUCCACAAUAUGUAAAUAUGCGUGCAACUGCAUCUGUUGCUAAAGUAUUAAGAUGUACUUUUCCAUUUAUUUAUUCACCUGUUUGACAACAACUGCCAAAUAAAAUGUUUACAUUUUCUGUCUUUCACAUUCCAAAUAUAUUUACAGGUGAUAAUUUUUAUUUGUGUAUAUAUUAUACACAUAUAUAAUAAACAACAAGAUGUAUUGUACAUGGCAGUGUUUUUGUUACGUGUUUCUUUUAAUAUUAUAAGCCACAACAAUAAAGCACAAGUGGUUUAUACAUGUAAUCACAACCACAUGAUAAAGAUACAGCAUUACAUCUCAACUUUAUAAUUGGUCCAGUGCAGACAGACCUUUGCAUUAAUGUGGAGCUCCACUUGCUUAAAUGGGACUCACACUGACAUAAGUAUGGAUCUAAUUUCAGGAUGGAGCUUUAUAUUGUGUACAGUUUGGGAAUUCUUGAUUUUUGAAUAAUGUAUGGAGUAAUUAAAAGAAUAAAGCCUUGUUGUCAAGGCCUAUCUGCUACUCCUGCAAAAGCAGCACAGAACAGGACGUGUCAGACGUGACAACAUUGUUCUGUACAAUAAAAGAAAGCUAGGAGCACAUCUUAUUUUUCAGUUAACAUCUUUUCUAUAUCUGAAGUUUAACACAUCAUUUGCAUGGAUUCCUUUGUAAUUUUAAUUGCUAUCAAGUCUUUUUAGUGUUUUUGCAAUUAUUUAAUCUUCAGCAAGUUUCUCCAUUCCUCUGAAUGCGGUUAACUGAAGACAUUUUUCUGCUAUCCUGCACUAAAGUUCAGAAAAAGAUAUUGUCUAAAAUCAGGGAGUUUUAAAUGUAACAGGACAAACUCAAAGCAUGUGUAAGCACGUUCAAUUCCACCUAAGUUACCCAUCUGCUCUUAAAUUACACCAGCUCUUAAUUUGACCUCAAAAUCUAUUAAAAGAUCACAGAUGAUGUAUUUACACAAAAGAUUACAUUAUGUGUAGAAUCUGAGAUACUAAUGUCCAGAUCCUAUUUUUGAAGAGCAUUUGGAAAGGAAUACAAACAUGGUUUUAAGUCCCCCAAUGUUAGGCCAAACUAUACCAGGCCAGUCCCUCUUGGGCCAUUCCCACAGUAAGGGAGCCAUUCUGGCAACUGGAGAUCACUGGAGCAUAAACGUGCACCAGCCACACCCCUUUUCCCCCAGCUACACCCAUUACAGUGGCCUUAUUCCAUCCAAGGAUCCCACCAAACUGAAGAGAUCCUCCAGGAACCAUAUCUGCAAGUUUUAGGGCAGUUUUGCAUUGGAAAAGCUGUAUGAAACUGCUCUAGCAAUUCCAGGCUCUGGCCUUAUAUAUCCCUACCUUACAUGUAAAUACUUAACUCUCAUUGGUAUGAAUCCCAUGCAACCCUACUGACUUUGGCUUUUAUUGAAUGGAUACUCAGCUGAACAUGAUCUCCCUGUAUGAUGCUGUGGCCAAAAAGCUAAUGUGAUCCUGGGAUGCAUA